AUGAAAAAGAAAAACAAAGUAAUGGAAUAUAUCGAAAAAUCUAUACUACAUGAUAAAGAGAUUUUGGACAUUAUUAAUUAUAUACAAAAAGUUAAUCCAGACAAUAUGUGUUACGUUGCUGAAUUGAAUCCUGGUUUGGGCGUAUUGACAAGAGAAUUAUUGAAAGCUGGAGUACCAUUAAUUCACUUGUAUGAAGGUAAUUUAAGAUUGCAUAAGAUACUGGAAAUAAUCUGUACAAAAUAUCCUGGAAAACUCAAACUGAUCUCUUCUAAAUGUUCUAAUCUCUUUGGAAUAAUAAGAACGAUUCACGAUGAAAAAACUACUAAGAAAUAUCAAGAUAAUUUUAAAGCGAUAGAGAGCAAAAAUUGGGAAGAUGAAACUUACAUGCAAAUAAUAGGUGCAUGUGAUAAUAUUUAUUUAUUUACCUUUAUUAUACAUAAUUUAAUUUUUCGCAAUGGUUUUAUGUUUUAUGGAAGACCUGUUUUCUACAUCGCAAUACUUCCAUCUGUGUGGAAUAAAUAUAAUAUUUGUACUAGUUUAAAUAUAUAUACCUAUACAAAGGUGAUAUUCAAAUUAAUGUUUAAUUAUGAACUCCUGGGAACAUUGAGCAGGAAAGCUUUUAUACCUUGGCCAAAAAAGAAACAACAUAAACGUAAUUCAUCUGUUUUAUCGGCAAAACAAAAUUACGAGCAGCUGUAUGUGGUAAAACUUGAGCCCAAAGCUGAUAUUUAUGCACAACUAUCGCCAAAAGAUUGGAUAACAUUUUCCUAUUUUGUGAGACAUCACAUGCAGAAACGUUGUACUAGAGUGAUACCUGCAUUGGAAAAAUGGGUACCAGACUGUGGAAUUAAACUUAUAGCCAAAGAUUACACGAUAUAUACCCAAUUUGGAGACUUGACGCCAACACAAAUUCUGGAACUCUUUAAAGAAUUUAAAUCCUGGCCAGACUACAAAGAGAGCCAUUUCAUAGAUUAUAUGAAAGAUUCUGUAGGUGCACAUAACGAAUUCGAAUUUCUUAAUGAAUAA